AUGGAGGAACUCCAAUCCCGACACCGCAAAGAACAAAAAGACCUGCAAGCACGUAUCACGCAGAAAAAGAAAUCAGCAACUAAAAAGACCCGCCGGGGAAUUAACGAUGAGUGCGAUCGGAUGCAAAGCGAGCUCUCUGAGCGCCAUCAAACCGAGAUCGCCGAAUCGAACGGUGAGACGACCGAACCACCUGCCGAUGAUCUAGAAGAUCUCAGCAUUAACGACGAUGCGGGAACGAAUGGGGAAUCAAAGGAUGCAGAGCCAGAAACCGUACAGAAUGGUGAUGUCCCAGAAUCGGAAUCGUCAGGAUCAUCAACCCCAGCGGCAGGCCGUGGGAAGAAACCGAACCGCCAGAAAGCGCGUCUCGCUCGACGCGCAGCAGAACAGGCUGCGCAGGCUGCACGAGCUGAAGAAGAAGCCUCGAAGCAAACGAAUCACCGAGGGAACGAGAAGGAGGUCAUGGAUGGCGUGUUCAAGAAGUUAAAAUUGAAGGAGGUGGAUAUAAACCCAGACGGACAUUGUCUCUUCUCUGCGGUUGCAACUCAAUUAGACGAAAUGGGGCUGGGCCUCAGGCCGGAUCCAGAGAGAAUUGUCCUUCAGUCCACGACGCAGACUCGGGUGGAUACGGUUGCAUCGCCCAAGCAUGAUGGUUAUAGGGCGGUUCGGGCAGUGACGGCGGAUUUCAUUACAGAAAAUAAGGACGACUUUGAGCCGUUCAUGGAGGAGCCUCUAGAGCAGUAUACAAGGAAGAUCAAGCUGACUGCUGAAUGGGGAGGGCAGUUGGAGCUUCAGGCCAUUGCGCGGGCGUAUGGUGUGGACAUUAACGUCAUACAAGGCGAUGGGAGGAUUGAGAAGAUCGAGUCUGGUGAUACGGAUACUGUCACUGAUGAGGAAGAGCAAAGGAAAAGAGUGAUCUGGCUGGCGUAUUACAGACAUACAUAUGGACUUGGAGAGCAUUAUAAUGCCUUAACGAAGGCUUAA